AUGGCUUGUGUUGGAGUUUGCAGGGCAGAAGUUGCAGAAUGGGAGGGUGCUUCCGCCCGGCACCUCUUGCGAUGUUGCAGGGGUUCACCAAAGGUGGUCGACUCAGAAGCUAUCACAAUCGGCAGCAUCGAGGGCAAAAGGGCAUUUAUUGCUGGAGUUGUUGAUGAUAAUGGUUAUGGUUGGGCAAUCACAAAGGCUCUUGCCGCUGCUGGGGCAGAAAUACUUGUUGGUACAUGGGUGCCUAUAGGUGCUUCCGAAGCACUGAACAUAUUUGAGACAAGCUUAAGGUGUGACAAAUUUGAUAAGUCACGGAAAUUGCCAAAUGGCUCACUGAUGGAUAUUGUCAAAGUAUAUCCUCUUGAUGCCGUUUGCGAUACACUUGAUGAUGUUCCUGAAGAUGUCAAGACAAACAAACGCUAUGCUGGAUCCUCAAAUUGGACUGUUAAGGAAAUGGCAGAGGCUGUGACGAAAGAUUUUGGAAGGAUUGACAUCCUCGUGCAUUCUCUUGCCAAUGGACCAGUGGUAACGAAGCCACUCUUGGAGACAUCUAGAAGAGGGUAUCUUGCUACAAUUUCAGCUUCGAGUUACUCUUUUGUCUCCCUGCUUCGGCACUUUCUUCCAAUAAUGAAUCCAGGCGGUGCUUCAAUAUCUUUGACAUACAUAGCUUCCGAAAGGGCAAUCCCAGGAUAUGGAGGUGGAAUGAGCUCAACAAAAGCUACAUUGGAGAGCGAUACAAAAGUGUUGGCUUUUGAACUGCACUUGCUUGCCACAAAGCAUCAGAUGUUUCAUCUGAUUCCAACACCUCAGGGAGCUUUUAUGUACUCAAUGACAUAUUCCGUCUCAACGUGCUCAUUACAAAGAUUCUAGGAUACACUUGGAGGAAUGAUAGCUCAG